AUGGAAGUCUUAACACCCAACCCAGUCGAAAUCCUUCGGGCAAAGUUGACAGCCAACAUUCCCCAUCCUUCUGGAACACCCAGGUCACCAGUAUCGCCAAAUACUGAAAUGGCUCUUCCUACUCCUCCACCUGAACCUAUCCUUCCAGCUGACAAAGCCACAGUGUAUAUUCCUACCCCGAUUCAUCCUGUAGCGUUACAAUAUGCUCAGGAGAGGUUUGGGAGGGUUAUUCUGUGGUCUGAUAUGAGUCCGGAGGAAGGAUGGAAGUUGGCAGAUGGAGUAGUGAAUAGAGCGAAUAAAGUUACUCGAGAGAUACUUGAAAUAGCAGAAAAAGUAUUAGUCAUCUCUGUCGUUGGAGUCGGUGUAGAUUCUAUCGAUAUUUCAACAUGUAAAGAAAGAAGGGUAGUAGUGACUAAUUGCCCAGGGGUCAACGCACAUUCCGUUGCUGAAUUAACACUAGGUCUUACACUUUCACUCUUACGUAGGAUCUCGGAACUUGAUAGGAAAUUGAAACAAGGUGAAAUAUGUUUAUCGAUCGAUAAUCUUGGACAUUCUUUGAGAGGGAAAAUUGUAGGGAUGGUAGGUAUGGGUUCUACUGCUCGACGAGCUGCAGAGUUGUUUCAUCACGCUUUCUCUUGUCCUAUCCAUAUUUUCUCCCCUACUUCACCACCAACAAAAUGGACGACUCACGAUCCUCUAGGACCUCUUCCACAUACACGUCAUUCAACACUCUCAGACAUUCUCCCCCAAGUAGAUAUAUUAUGUCUUCAUUGUCCUCUCACACCUGAAACCAAAGGUCUUAUCGGUUCAGACCAAUUAGCAAUGAUGAAACAAGGUUCUGUAUUGAUCAACAUGUCUCGUGGAGCUGUAGUUGACGAAUACGCUUUGUGUCAAGCUUUGAAAACUUGUAAAACUUUAUGUGGUGCUGCGAGUGAUGUUUUCGAACAUGAACCUGUGGAAAAAGAUAAGACUCAGGGUUUGUUGGAGUUGAAUAAUUUCGUGGGAACUCCGCAUAUGUGA